AUGAAAUUAUUAUUUUGUUUAAUAUUAUUUCAAUUAAUAGUUUUAAUAAAAAGUGAAAGAGAAUAUUUUACAUUUCGAGAGGAUGUACGUAGAUGUGAAAGACCAAGAUGUGGAGGAUAUUUUUUAAAAAAAUUAAACUCUCGAGCAGAUCAUGAAAUUUAUGUAAGUAGUUUUAUAAUGGUAAAUGCAAAUUUAAAUCCAAUGGAAAUUGAAGACCAUGAUCAAAAUAUUAUCAGUGGGUAUGUAAUGCCAUCUGAUGAAGAUGAUGGUUAUAAUACAUUCUUUUUAAAGGGAAUACACGAAAGAAUGGUAAUUCCAGAUGUGAUUAAUAGUUAUAAAAAAGUUUUGUCAAAUAAAAAAUUUAAAAAUUCAGAUUCAUUUUAUUUCCUUUCCAGCUCUCAAAUUGAAUGUAUUCAAUCUGAUGGUUGUCCAAUUUAUAAAUCAAUAAAGAUCAAUUUUAAUGAAUCAACAAAUUUUGAAUCAUACACAGAGCCAUACACAUCAAAUGUUCCUUUAUUGGAUUUAAAUUGGUUCAAUUCAAGAUUAAUUAAAAAGGAUAUUCAUAGUCCUUAUAUUGGUUCAAUUGUUUCUGGUACAAUUAAUGAUAACCAAUUAUCAAUCACUGAAAUUUUCAUAAACACUGAAGAUCCAGUUUUCCCUUGUAAAAGAAAUACUUUUACUUGCACUACUCCUCAGGUUCCAACAUUUUCUCGUUCAGUUGAUCGUUGUCCAAUAUUUGAAAAAUGUGUUACAAGAUCUGUUUGUCAUCUUGGAAUUCCAACUUGCCCAAAAGGUUAUAAAUCUUAUUCUUACCCUUCUUUACCAAAAGGUUGCUUAAAAUAUUAUUGUGACCCUGAAGCUUUACCAAAUCCUCAUAAAGUUUCUGGACCAUAA